CCUCUGAAAUGAAAGUGAAAGCACCUCUGGCUUUGCAUGGCGGUUUGUUGGCGCUCUGACUGCAGGUCUCUGAACCCGGGUCUAUCAUGAUUACUACUUUACGUGGACUUUUUCUCGCUUUGUUGUUUUCAGGUAUAUGUGGAACUCAGUCUCAUUAUGAUAUCCGGUGGCUGCCAUGUCAAUUCCAGGAUGACAGGGCACAAAUAAAUGAUGAGGGGAUUAAGGAGAUCAAGUUUCACCCACGGAAUGCAGGACUGCAAUUUGGAAAUUCAGGAGAUAGUCCUAUAAACCCCAAUGCUAUCACCUUCCUUGUCACAACAUCAAAGGUGGAUAUGAGGCGUUAUAUGGAACCUACAGACAAGGAGUCACUGGAAUGCGAGAUCCAGAGAUAUGACACGAAAGGGAUUGUAAUACGCUGGCCUGGUAUAGGUGCACAGGAAAAUGAUGUCUGGUUCAUGUGUAUUCUCCACCAUAGUCAGGGCUUGUUUCACCUCACCACCUUCCUCAGACACACACCUGCCCAGGAAGGCUUUCAGGAGAGGAUUGAAAUUGGAGAUCGAGAGCUUCUGACCACCUCAGCUGCGAUGGCUGUGCUGACACGUACACCUGUCAUUAACGUGGGCCUCCUGAAGGAGCAGACCCUUCAUUGUCAGUUCGCUGUGGACCACAAGCAGGCGAGUACGACAGUGGAUUGGAUACUCCAGCGGCGUGGCGAACGCACUAAAAUCUUCAGCUACUCGAGCCGUACAGGCAAGAGUGAAGGCAGCGGAGUGUCCGUGAAAGCCCUUGCGACAGGAGAUGCCUCUCUGAAACUACCCCUUACGAAGCAGACUAGCGAGGGCACAUACAUAUGCUCUGUGCUCAUCCCACCACUCACCACCAACAGUGACAUUGUCCUCAACAUUCAAGAACCACCGCGUGUAACAGUGAAUGUGGGCCCAAUCUUGUCUUUAACCCUGGGUCAGGAGCAGAAGGUGGUGUGUGACACUCAGGGCUACUACCCUCUCGAUGUGACCAUCGAGUGGCUGCGAGAGCCGAAAGAUUCAGGCUUCGUGCCUGAGGUUCUGAAGAACAUUCUGUAUUCCAGCCACCGCCACCAUCAGGAUGGCACAUACUCACUCUCAGCCUUCUUCCUACUCCAGCCUGGCCUAGGAGACACUGAGUACAAGUACACCUGCCGGGUGCAACAUCAGUCUCUGCGCACACCAAUCCGCAAAAGCUUCAUACUCAUCGUCACAGAGGAAGACUCCACACUAUGGUACAUCUUAAUGUUUGGAUUCAUAAUUGUCAUGCUCGGAAUUCUCAGAUGGCUGCUGCCUCAGUUGAUUGCUGCAAAAAGAAAAGAAGCAAGGAAGUGUCUCCUGUGUGCAGAGGUUCUGAGGGCCCAUGCCAGAGGAAUUAUAGCUCUGCUCCAUGGAGACAGACAACACCGUAUCCGUCUCUCUACUUCUUCCUCCUCCCCUCUCCUUCCACCUCCCCUGCUGUACCUGCUGCAGUGCUGGAAGAGCUUUUUCAGCUAAAGAGGUUGUUGUGAACGCCAGUGUCUGAUCUCAUGGUUUAUGAGGGUAUUUACACUCGCUAAUGGAGCCAUAUGUGAGGAAUAACAAAGUUCUCUGAACCUAAUUGCAAGAUGGAUGCUAGCAUGGUGUUUUUCUUAGUAAAUUAACAGGAGUUGGUGACUUAAUAAAAUAAUAAUAAUUUGGGGAGAUGUUGUGAAUAAUUAGUUUGUUUUGCAGUGGAUGUUGCCGGCUCACAGCUCUGGCCAUCACUGAAAAUAGUGUAGAACUAAAUAGUUUAGAAAUCAGGUUGGGUUUAAGACAUUCAAAUUAUUCAGUUGUUGGAAAUUAUUCAUUGUUUUCUCUUGGAUUCUUAAAAUAAUAAAAUAAUAAUUUGUAAAAUA